UCCAUCCAAAUAAUGUCAUUUUAUCUAACAAAACCGUUCGUAAAUAUACUUUCGCUUUGACGAUCGAGGGUAUUUCUGAUGCCUUAUAUAAAUUAAGAUGGACGGGAUCUUCAUUGAUAAUGAUUAUUUUAUACACGAAAAGCUCCUUGAAAAUGGCAUUGACAAGUCUGCUAUGGAAAGGUGGUUAAAUCCAGAAUCAACCCGCAAGGUUGAUUUAUUUGCAGCAGUCAAAGAAUCUGUUUGGAAAAAAUCUAUUUAUCACUAUUCUUCAAAUGUCGCCUGUGACUGUAUAUUGUUUGCGCAUACUCAAAACCACACAAUAGUAGUAGAAGUUCUGCAAUAUUUGAAGAGAGUAUUGUCCCGAUAUGAACCCAAAAUUGAAAUUUAUCAACGAGACUUGUGGACACCCAUAAACGAGUCUAAUGGUUUAUUGAAGUUCAGAACAAGAAAGCAAAAAAUUGUUUCGGCAGCAAUGGGGUUUCUGUUAGUGACACCAGAGUUUUGUGCUGACGAAUGGCCUGUUCUGGCUGGACAACCCUUCUUCCAAGAAGCUAUGUACAAUAAAAAUGUCACCAUUGUUCCGAUUCUAGUGCACAACCCGAAGAAAGCGAAAUACAGAAUCCCCAUGGGAAUUAAGUGCUUAAGAUCUAUAGAGUUUUUCAGCAAAGACGACAUUCUGUGCCAAGAUUCAGUCAUUAACAUUCUCCAGCCGGUGGUCAAAAAAAGACUGCGGAUUGAGAAGGAAAAUUUGAAGGAUAAUAUCAAAUGGUUGUACGAAAACAUUAUAAGUAAACUGCCUUCAAAAAAUGGAAAUAGAGAUUCUUCGUUUUGGAGGUCUGGCUCGUCUGCGCAGAAAACUCCAGAUUCGAAAUAUACUGAAUAUAACGAUUAUUUUGAUUAUUCAGGUCAACCACACAACAAUUUUCAAUUCUCAAAUGCCAGGAAAAAUGGCUCUACACAUCAUGGAACUACACAUCAUGGAAGUGCACCAGACUCGGCAUACGCCAGUAACGAAAGCAAUGGGGAUUUCAAAUCGAGCCCGUCAAACGGUUUAAAUCAUUCUGAAUCGCGCAGAAAUCCAUCUCGUUCCCCGGUGGAACAUUCUAUACCAAAUGUUGGUGAGGAGAUCAAGCCGCGAAAAACAAGCGGACAUUCUGCAAGGGAGUGUAAUGUUAACUAUAGUCGGUCUGUAUCAAACAAAUCUGACAGUUCCUCGUCCCCAAUUAGCAUGAAAGGGGCACCUGACCUCAACUUUUCCUCCCUGGAAUACUCCGUAACCGAAUCAUCGAAACAUCGGCGUCCAAAUUGGUCUGAAUACUCUCCAAAAUAUUCAUCUACGAUAAAUACAACACAAGAUUCUCCAGCAUAUGCCUCACAAAACAUCAAGGGUGUUCAGGUGCAAUCAACUCCGAAAAACAAACAAAAUGACACAAUGGUGAAUGAAAAAAAUGCAAAAGUGACCGCAAAUACAAGUACUACAGAUAGUCAUGAAUCAAAUAAACCUGAAAUAAACGUUUCAAUUAAUAGAAAAGUGCCACACGACUUGCCAGUGGCCACUGAAGUACAGUGUAGGAGCUUUGGAAAUUUGUCCUCUCAAUACUCGAGUAGUACGCCACAGUCACGUGAUCAACAUUCGUCAUCAGUUCAUGAAUCAAAUUUGUCAAACCAUAGUGUCACUUCGUCAUCAUUUCGUCAUAAUAGCGAAACCAUGUCUACAAAAUCUUCAUAUUCAAAUAAAGAUCAUUUACAGGAGCCAUCAGAUAGCUUACCCAGUCCUAUACCUAUAAACGCAAAUAAUAUAUCGUGGAACAUGACUUACGACUUAAGUUCAAAUCAUUCGUCGAGAUCAGCAAAUAAAAGGAACGGGACAUCUUCAUCAUCCGGAAGUUGUCAAUUUAAUCAAGAGGGUCAUGUCCAUCCACAGCCUCAACCAAUCAGCUCAUUUCCAUCUGGAGGAGUAAAUUUCUCUAUUAACUCCCACGAAUCUGCUUUUUCAAGAGAAAGAGACAGCGAAUCAUCAAGAAACUCUCUUUUUUCUUCGUCAAACAUUUCUUCGUAUGAGACAACUUCAAUGAGAAAAACAACGCAACAGCCAUUGCCCCAAGAGAUCAGCUUGACAAGUUUUCCCGAGGAAGGAAAGCUGAGCGAUGACCUAAAUUCUAAAGCGUCCUUCACCCCCGUGUCUGACGUCACGCAGUUAGCCCUCGGUUGUCUGCGACCUUCAGACAGCUUCAAGGACAGUUACCGGUCAUUUAUCCAAUCUGAACCCGACUCUAUCAGGCCUGUUGGGGUGGUGAGGCCAUUCUCCAUGCAAGAGGAUGAUGACGAAGAUGAAAACGAAUACAGCAAUGAUUUAUCUCUUCCCAGGGCAAUGUCUGAAGAGACUUAUGUAAAACGAUCAUAGUACUAGUAUAUUAAUGAUGAAUGUUUACUGCUUACUUUUCGAAAAUUGAAGAUAUACUAAGUAGUCCUUUCGAAAAGCAGAAUUUUUGUACGAAGUUCAUCGCCGCAAAUCAGUU